AUGUCCAAACCCCCUCAGGACAUCAUUGUUGAUCAUAUACUCACCUGCCUAGCAGUUAAGUCUCUAAUGCGAUUCAAGAGCGUAAGCAAGCUAUGGCGUUCGUUAAUCUCGGACCUGACGUUUGCGAAAUCGCACCUCGAACGAUCAAAAGAAGUCAGCUCUAAUAAGUGCCGGAGACUUCUCCUUUCAACUGGCACUCCUCAGUCUGUCGACUUCGAAGCAGCUAGUGAUGGUGAUGAGGAUAAUGCAGUACAAGAGCUUGAAUAUCCUUAUGUAAUAAUAAGGUGCAGUCCUAUUUGCUAUAUUGGAAUUGUGGGAUCUUGCAAUGGCUUGAUUUGUUUAUUCGUUGACUAUGAAAAGAUGGUCUUAUGGAAUCCAUCUACUAGAGCUUCCAAGGAAUUGCCAAAACCAAGUCUUUAUCAUAAUUUUGAUUUCUUUGCUGGACUUGGCUAUGACUCCUCUAAUGGAAAGCAAGAAAUUGGGUCCAAGAAAGUGCAUGUAAUUGUUUCAUUUGAUGUAGCAGAGGAGAAAUUCAAGGAAGCUCUGCCACUUCCUGAUCAUUUCGAUAAGGUGGUUUCGGGGAUGUCAAGAAACUUCUUGUGUGCAUUUGGUGAAUGCUAUGGAAGCUAUUUUGAGGCAUGGAUACUUGAUCAUAAAUAUGAUAGCAACGCAUCUAUCAGAAGACUAUUCAGGUUCCAAGGCUGA